CAGUCAAAAUGUCCAAAGGGCCUCUCAUUCUCUGGCUGCUGACUGAGCUGUGCAGGCUUUACCUGACUCCAGCUGCAGCAGAGACUAUCGUGACAGCAUUUUUGGGUCAGCCAGUGACUUUGCCCUGCAUGUACCCAUCGUGGACUCUCAGCAACAGCAUGUGCUGGGGCAAAGGCCCGUGUCCCAACUCCAAAUGCAACGAGGAGCUUCUCCACACCGAUGGGUCAAGGGUGCUCUCGAGGAAGUCGCCCAAAUACCAACUUCAGGGGACUAUCUGGAGAGGCGAGGUCUCCUUGACCAUCUUCAACACCAACGUAGGUGACAGCACGGUGUACUGCUGUCGCAUCGAGGUGCCUGGCUGGUUUAACGAUGUCAAGAAGAACAUUCGCCUGAAGCUAGAGAAAGCCCCAACAACCACCCGUCGUACAACCACCCGCCGCACAACCACCACCACCACUGCUAUGACAACCACAGCUGUGCUUCCAACAACAGCCAUGACUUCACCUUUGACAACAACCACAGCUGUACUUCCAACAACAGCCAUGACCACACCUGAUGUCACAACCAGAACACCACCACAGAUGAGGACCACCACUGCCCUCACAACGACAGCCACAUGUCCUCUGCCAACACCAAGCUUCCUUCCUGAGGCAACCACAAUUCUUCCGACCACCGAGCCUUCCAUAGAAGGGUCCACCCUCACAGCAGAAUCAGAAACGUUCCUUCUCUCUGAGGUGACUUCUAGAGACACUGUGUUACUCACAUCCAAAGCCUCUAAGACAGCAGUUCUUGGGCAACAUGAAGUUGAACCAGAACAGGUGAGCCAGGUGGACAGCUCCUUCCUGGCGAAGGUCAUCGCGUCCUCCCUGGGACUGGUGCUGUGUGCGUCGAUUGCAGCGUUUCUCCUCCGAGGGAAAGUCAUGAAAACCAAUUGCUUCCAGAAACACACAAGACUGGACAACGCUGGAGACAGAAAAGGGGUCCUUGACGACAUUCAGCAUGGAAGAGAAGACGAAGACGGUCUCUUCACACUAUAA